AAAACAUAGAUAGAAUAUUCCUCUUAAACCCCUGCACUUGAUUGAUUUCAUCUCUAUCCGCCACUUUCUAUCUGACCUCAAGAAAAACAACAAACUUCCGUAAGGUAUCGUGGAAGUAUCUGAUCCGGCACAAAGCAUGGUUUCCCGGAGCGCCGUCCGGCCCUGGGCCACGGCCUUCAUUCUCGCAAGUUUCCUUGCCUCUCUCGCACACGCAGCGGGUGAGACUGGCAGCAAGCGCAUCGAAUCCGGACAAUGCCCUCCAGACGUCGAGGCCAUAAUGCCAUAUUCGCCUUUCAAACCUUACUUCAAAUUCCCCAUGUUCAAAGGAAACUCGCAGAACUGCUGGGUCGCAGCAGACUGUCUCAUGGAAGCGUCCGGCGAGAGUCGCAAGCAACAAUUUGGAGCCGUCGCGCUUGUCAUGGGCCUUAUCCCACUGACGCUGAAGGACAUUGCGUGGCCUGAACGUCGGAUAAUACACGUAACGAAGCGGUUGCACUGGGCAGUUCAAGUCUUCGUCCUUGCCCUGGGACUUGUGCCUUUGGAGACCGGUUCAAGGCAGAUAACCCUCCAGAAGAGCAUAGAAGGAAGCUGGGUCGCCAGAGCCUGCUGGGAAAUGAGAAGGGCUUCCGUCGUACUGGCCAUUACCAUUUGCUCCAUUCUCACCGUUGCGUCGUAUGCUGGAAUGGUCUUCAUGGAGAUAUACAGCAAGAGAAGUGCGCUUGGCUGUCCCUUUCCCUUCUUCGUCGCCGUUUGGUAUGUGGUCGCUCUUGUGCCCGCUUCUAUCCACUCGACCUUCGCGGCCCUCCGCAGGUCGCGUUACGGAAAGAAACUCCACGGCGAGAACAACAGAAGCGAGUCCGAGGGGGCCGAAACGAGAAAAUAUGGAGCAGCAAAUGGGGGUGUGGUGCUUCCCCAAGAUUCAGAAGAAGACAAUGAGCGCAAAAAGAAGAUUGUGUCGGCCGUGCAAGGCGCAGACGAGGAUUGGCCAGUCCAACUGUCGUGGGGAGUAUAUUACAUUGCUGGGACCCUGAUAUUCACAAGCAUAAUGGCUGUAACAGUUGCGGAACUUGUGUGCUGGGUGGGCCUGGGGUUUGCAAUCACUGCAAGCUCCAAAUUGUUGGGUUUCUUUCUAUGCUUGGUUUUCGAACAGACGGGCGUGAAAGGGGAGGGUUACGCAGAAUAGGAUGCUGGCUGGGGGUUUUUGCUCAAUACCUCCGCUGCAUGCAGGCGUACAAACCACGAGCUAGGAGCGUGCUGUACUAGUUUGCGCCCUCAAACAAUCCUUUCCGGAAUUUUCCCCGAGGCCGAAGUCGCAACAUUGGACCACUAUGACGCGAAUCAAAUUGAUCUUCCAUUUUGAAGAUCAAGUCCUUCUCUUGCCCAGCUCCACUCACAUCUGUGUCGCUGGCAUGAAAGUCGUAGUACCAUGUUGUCUUCACGAUAACAAGACCCGCCUCUAGAUAGACUAAGCUCUCGCCGGCGCAGGCUCGAGUUCCAAUAGAAAAUGGUGACAAUGCAUAACGGAUC